GUUGUAGUCUCUUGAAAUAAUUUAUCCCCCAUUUUCCCAUUCACCUUUUUCGGCAGUCGCUUCCUCCUGAUUCAACAGCCAUGCCAUUGCCGACGAAGCUCGAAAAUGGCUUCCCCACAGAGACACCCACGCCCAAGCCUCUAACUAAUGGCGCAGCAGCACCCACAAAUAAACCCAUUCAAAUUCAAACCCAAUCCCCACCCCCAUGGACGCUCGGCCACUACCUUGCCCGCCGCCUCGUCGAGAUCGGCGUCGGCGAUAUCUUYUCCGUYCCGGGAGAUUYCAAUCUCCUGCUGCUCGAUUAYUUCGUKGCGGAAMAGGGGYUGAAUCUCGUCGGCUGCUGCAGCGAGCUCAACGCUGGGUACGCCGCCGACGGCUACGCCAGGCGCCGCGGCGUGGGAGCCUGCGCCGUGACGUUCACGGUGGGCGGGCUGAGCCUGAUCAACGCCGUCGCCGGAGCUUACUCGGAGGAUCUUCCGGUGCUGUGCAUUGUGGGUGGGCCCAACUCCAAUGAUUACGGGAGCAAGAAGAUCAUCCACCAUACAAUUGGGUUGCCCGAUUUCAGUCAGGAACUGCGCUGCUUUCAGAAUGUCACGUGCUAUCAGGCCAUUAUUGAUAAUGUCGAAGAGACGCAAUGGGAGAUAGAUAGAGCAAUUUGCAAGUGUUUGGGAGAGAGGAAGCCAGUUUACAUAAGUAUUUGCUGCAAUUUGGUGGCCAUUCCUCAUCCUUCUUUCUCCAUGGAACGCCUCAUCCCACUCUCCCUCCAUCCCAAGCAAAGUAACCAGAUGGGUUUGGAGGUAGCGGCGGAGAAGGCAGCUCAGCUUCUAAACAGUGCCGUAAAACCAGUGAUGGUCGCCGGAAAGAAGCUUCGACCCGCCAAAGCCCAAGCCGCGUUCGUGGAGCUAGCCGACGCUUGUGGCUACGCCGUCGCCGUCACGCCGUCGGCGAAAGGCCUCUUCCCGGAGAACCACCCACAUUUCAUCGGAACUUACUGGGGAGCAGUCAGCACCGCCUUCUGCGGCGAGACGGUGGAAAUUGCCGACGCCUCCAUCUUCGCCGGCGCCACUUUAGACGAACUCGAAACCGUCGCCUUCUCGCUUACGUACAAGAAGAACAAGGCCAUUAUUGUAGAGCCAGAACGUGUUGUGUUCCCUAAUGGGCCCAGUUUUGGGCCCAUUUUAAUGAAGGACUUCCUUCGGGCCCUAGCCCAGCGUCUCAAGCCCAAUCCGACGGCCUACGAGAAUUAUCGCAGGAUUUAUGUUCCGGAGUCGGGUCCACUCCAAUCGGAGCCGGGCGAGGCCUUGCGGGUCAAUGUUCUUUUCAAACAUAUCCAGAAAAUGUUGUCGAGUAACAUGACUGUGAUUUCUGAGGCCGGUGACUCUUGGUUUCACUGUCAAAAACUGAAGUUACCGAAAUCAUGCGGGUAUGAGGUACAAUUGCUAUAUGCAUCUAUUGGAUGGUCUUUGGGUGCGACUCUUGGAUAUGCCCAAGCUGCACCUCAGCAGCGGGUGGUUCUUUGUAUCGGUGAUGGAAGCUUUCAGAUGAGUCCACAAGAUGUAUCGACGAUGUUAAGGUUGGGACAAAAGAAUAUAAUAUUUUUGAUAAAUAAUGGUGGAUACACCAUUGAAGUAGAGAUUCAUGAUGGCCCUUACAACGUCAUCAAGAAUUGGGAUUACACCGCCAUGGUCAAUGCCAUGCAUAAUCAGGACGGCAAAUGUUGGACUGCCAAAGUUCAUACGGAAGAAGAAUUGGUAAAAGCAAUUGAGACAGCAACGAAAGAUCGAAAUGAUUGCUUAUGUUUCAUCGAAGCUAUUCUUCAUAGAGAUGAUACUAGUAAAGAGUUACUUGAAUUUGGUAGCAAGAUUGCUGCUAUUAGUUGUCGCCCUCCUAGACCUUUAUGAAACAAGAACAAAAUAUUUUCAACUCUUGAAUGAUUAGAUGUGUAAUAUUAUCUUAAAAUUUCAGUCCAUGUUUUCGUUUUGGUGGUUCAUAUUGAUUAUGGUAGUGUUUUUUUAGUAUAAUUUGUAUGGAGGUUUCGAACUCUCAACUUUGUGUUUGGAUAUAUAUAUGUCUUAAUCAUCUGAGCUAUGUUCUGGUUGGCAUAUUGAUUCUGACAGUUAA